AUGCCGCUUACACACAAACCCCACAGACGCCGCAGUGGAGUGGUCCAGCAACACAACGGUGUCCUUCCCACUCACAGUCCACACACACACAAUGACAGUCUCACAUGCUCAUGUCAGAGAGGCACUACCGCAUUCACUAAAAUGUACACGGAGUCACACCUACAGAGAGGAAAAGAAAAACAAAAGAGCAGCAAAAGAAAAGAACAACAACAGGAUACCAACAGCACACAAAGCAUUCACAAUACAAUAAUCACAGCUGCCACUCCCAUCAGAGAAAAACAUUCACCCACACCAGCACAUCAACUCAACCCCCAAAAGAAAAAACAAACCCAUUAUGUGAAGCCGAAGCGGAACAGUCUCAGUCCACCUCCCCGCAGGUUGCAGUCACUCAAACAAGCCACACACCACACACCACAAGAGCAGAAAUAUGUUCGUGGUAAUGCCGUGUGA